AUGUCCAGAAGAAAUAAAUUGUAUAAUAAAGGGAUUAAAAUGUCAGACGUGAUCGUCGUCGGACUGCUGGCGCUUUUGUUGGCCUCCCAAUCGUCCAACUGUCAAGUCAACGAAACAAGUCAGGUGAAGGAGUGUCAAGUCGACGAAACCCCUGCAAUGGUAAUCGUGGACGAUCAAGUCGACCGAAUUUCCGCAGUGGCAAUAGCGAAUGAUCUGCCGGGGCCCUGGAUAUCUGAGCUGUUUUACCGGGCGCUCUCCAAUUUCAGAAUUCAGCACGUCGGUAGCGCUGCUUGCCAGACCCAAUCCGACAUGUACGACAGACAUUUGCGGAACCACACCAGUUGGGCGGUCAGAAUGGCUGAGUCCUGGAACCGAUAUCCAACGGGAUUACGGGAAUAUUAG